AUGUCUGCUGUUGAACAACAAGAAAAUCAACUGCAGUCUCAAGAAAUUGACUCUGGUGUCAUGACACCAGCAUCUUAUGAUGAAACCCAGUCCAAGGCCGAUGAUUCUUCUGUCGACAACCAUGUACCAGUCGAUAUCCCUGCAAAGCCAGCCUCUGCAUACAUUACUGUGUGUCUUUUAUGUCUUAUGGUUGCCUUUGGUGGUUUCGUCUUUGGUUGGGAUACCGGUACGAUUUCCGGUUUCGUUAACAUGCCAGAUUUCAUCAAGAGAUUUGGUCAGGUUAAGAGUAAUGGUGAUCAUUACUUGUCCAAUGUUAGAACUGGUUUGAUUGUUUCCAUCUUUAACAUUGGUUGUGCUUUCGGUUCCGUCUUCCUUUCUAAAGCUGCUGAUAUGUACGGUCGUCGUAUCGGUUUGAUGAUUAUGAUGGUUAUCUACAUUGUUGGUAUUUUGAUUCAAAUCACCGCUGUGAGCAAAUGGUACCAGUACUUCAUCGGAAGAAUUAUUUCUGGUCUUGCUGUUGGUGGUAUCGGUGUUAUUUCUCCAUUGUUCAUCUCCGAAUCUGCACCAAAGCACAUUCGUCCGGCACUUGUUUCCUCUUACCAAUUGAUGAUUACAUUUGGUAUCUUCUUGGGUUACUGUACUAACUACGGUACCAAGACCUACGACAACACCGCACAAUGGAGAAUCGCUCUUGGUUUGUGUUUCUUCUGGGCUCUUUUGAUGAUUACAGGUAUGGUGUUCAUGCCAGAAUCUCCAAGAUACUUGAUUAAGAAGGGUCGUCUGGAUGAUGCCAGAAAGUCCCUUGCUUACUCCAACAGAGUCCCAGCUGAUGACCCAGCCAUUUUCGCCGAAGUUGAGGAGAUCAACGCUGCUCUUUUGAAGGAGGAUGCUGCUGGUAAGGCCUCAUGGAUGGAACUUAUCAAGGGUAAGCCAAAGAUUGGUUACCGUGUCCUUUGUGGUAUUCUGUUGAUGUCUUUGCAACAACUUACUGGUAACAACUACUUCUUCUACUAUGGUACUACCAUUUUCCAAGCUGUUGGUUUGAAUGACUCUUUCCAAACAUCUAUUGUCUUGGGUAUCGUGAACUUUGCAUCUACCAUCAUUGCUAUUUACUCCGUCAACAAGCUUGGUGGUCGUAAGUCUCUUUUGAUCGGAUGUGUUGGUAUGAUUGUCUGUUUCGUUAUUUUCGCAUCUCUUGGUGUCACCAAAUUGUAUCCACAUGGUAGAGAUGAAGCAUCUGACAAGGGUACCGGUAAUGCUAUGAUUUUCUUCGCAUGUAUCUACAUCUUCUUCUUCGCCACCACAUGGGGUCCAUGUUGUUUCGUUGUCGUUUCUGAGAUCUACCCAAUCAGAAUUAAGUCCAAAGCCAUGGGUAUUGCCACUGCAUCCAACUGGCUUUGGGGUUUCCUUAUCGCUUUCUUCACUCCAUUUAUCACAUCUGCCAUUAACUUCUACUACGGUUAUGUCUUUUUGGGAUGUUUGGUCUUCGCCUUCUUCUUUGUCUACUUCACCAUUCCAACCACUACUGGUUUGACCUUGGAAGAGGUUGAUGAGAUGUACGCCACCGGUGUUAAGGCAUGGAAGUCUGCUUCCUUUGUCCCAUCCAGAGACUUCACCCAGGAAAAGGCUUUCCUCAAGGCUAAGUCCGAGGAGGUGGAAAACGUUAAUGCUGAAAACACACCUCUACCAAACUACAGCUAAUAAGGUUCGCAAUGAGGACGUUUUAACGACUGUUACGAAAAUUGCUUCUAUACCAUAAUCAUGUUUUUUUAUAGAGUCAUGGCCAUAGUGGCAAGGUCUUCUGAGGCCCAAUGAUAAUAGACUACAAAUAUAAUAUUUUGUUCAAAAAAAAAACAACUGUAGAUUUGUUAAUCUCAAGCUCCAAUACACACAGAACAUUGAAGUAUGAAUGGCUGUGAUUUGUUGAUGUUGGGAGUGCUUUCUCAGUAUGUGCGCCCAGCGUAAGAGCCGUCGGU